AUGAUCGCUAGAGGCAAGAUAUUGCAGAUGGCCGUGGCGGCAUUUGCUGCGUAUUCUGUUUUCACUGUACUUGUCAGCCAUCUUGGAAGCGAAGCCUGGACUAGCCCUUUGCCUCCUUUAUCGCAGAAUUUGGUGGGCAGUGGUGUCUUCGACCAUAUUCAAAACCGCACCGUUGGAUUCGAGCAUAUAUAUGCUCUCAACAUGAAAGAGCGAACCGACAAGCGCGAUUUCCUGACGCUGGCAGCUGCGGUGUCAGGGUUCAAAGUGGAAUGGCUCGAUGGAGUACGACCAGAUGAUCUGCAUCCCAAGGCUAUGCCCGAUGGGCUGGAUACCACGGUGGUAAAGCCCACUGCUGUUGCAUGUUGGCGUGCUCAUAUGAAUGCAUUGCUCAAUGUGAUUAAUAAUGACUACUCCACCGCCUUAAUAUUAGAAGACGACGCAGACUGGGACGUUAGCCUCAAGCCCCAGCUACGGGAAUUCGCGCGCGGGCUGCAUGGCCUGAAGGGAACCGACCAGGUCUCCAAGGAAGCUCCUUACGGGACCGACUGGGAUCUUCUCUGGAUUGGAGGGUGCGCAUCUGGACCGAGUGCCAACGAGACAAGCUUCUAUGCUAUUCCCAUGGAUCCCACAGUGCCAAAGUCCCACCAUCGAUCGACCUGGGGUGGUCCUACGGAAAAAUGGAAGGAAAAAUAUCCAGAGCUUGCGGAGGACUCAACUCGGUUUAUUUACCGAGCUGAAAUGGGCUGUUGUAUGUUUGGAUAUGCUGUUACACGCAAAGGCGCACAAAACAUUCUCUCCGCCCUUUCUGUCGAUCAUCUAGACAAGCCGGUGGACAAUGCCCUUGGCGAUCUGUGCGCAGGUCUCUACGGUCGCCGGAAGAUUGAAUGCUGGGCACCAUUCCCUAACCUGAUUGGUACCCAUCGAAAGGCGGGCUCGGCUUUUCGGGAUUCCGAUAUCGAGAAAACCAACAUGGCUGACUUCCAUGAAGAGCAAGCUUGGAAUAUGGUGUACAGCACGAGGCGCAAUAUACAAAGGCUAGUGGCCGGAGAAGACACUGUAUUUUCACAGUGGAAGGACGAAGAUGUGUCAUGGUCGAGCCCGGAGAUUAAUCGCAAGGAUUUUGUUUAUCCUGUGGGUCACCUUUUUACUAAUUAA